AUGACAUCUGGAUUUUCACCUACACCUCGAAAGGAGGGUACAUGGACGAAGCUUGUGAUAUUUGUUGCGCUAUACUUGCUGCUCCUCGAGUCUAUGUUGGAAUGGGUGCUCGUACUCUACCUUUACGGUAAUGGCCAGGUUGACUCAGAGAUGACCUUGAGUGUCGUACUUGCACUUGUCGCUUCUUUUCUCUCGGUGCCGCUCGCCAGCCUCCAGAGCCUAGUCGCUUGGCAAUACAACAAUAUUGGUGGAUUUGGAACGCAGAAAACCAUUCUUCAUAAUAUAUGCACAUAUGUGCUGCGCUUGGAUCUUAUGCUUUGGUUAGCUACCAGUGUAGCUGGUCUCGUGGUCGCUGCACAGCAGGUGUACUGCCUCCCGGAAGGGACGGACGCAACCUUCUGGAGAGUCGGUAAAAGCUGUGCCUUCCACCGAGCCUCGGUGAUCGUGUCGGUGGUUUCAAUGGUCACUGUGUGCACUAUGUACUGUGCAAAGGAGCUUUGCGAUAGACCAUAUGAUGUAUCGCUUCUUGGUAUCUACAAGCGCCAGAAAGUUACCAGAGAUGGCAGUAUCGGCUCGGGUAAUAGCUGGGAUAGCGAGGAAACGCUCAAAAACGAAAUUCUCUAUCUUUGCCGCCAACACGACGGAACUGGAGCCGGGGAGUUCUGGUCUGUGGACCCAAUUGCCAACAGAGUCAACUGCCACCCCAGCGUCCGACACCCUGCCCCAGCCCGUCUGCGGCCUCAACUCCGAGUCAACACUGAUCCUGGUUCGACAUAUGGAGAGAUCAUGUCUGGAACAACAAUUUCGCCAGAGGACACUUCACACCGUAUCUCGCCGGGAUCACAAAGCCUGGCUAGCGAGUUCUAUCCCCUCUCGAGCACAUCUACUGUGACAGCCAACGAGUUACGCGCUCUUCUCUCUGAUGCGCCUGCUCCCAAAGUCCCGGCCAUUCCCCAGGAAUACACCAGCCAUAAGAGAGGAAAGUCGUCACUCUCUUCUCUCAGGCGCCUUCUCCCAAAGUCAUUCCCAUUGUCACUUCCAUUAUCAGCGGAUCCUCAAAUCCAGGCCCUGGCAGACCCCAACACCUCAUCAGAUGUCGAAAAGCAGGUCGUGACACCAAACACCAUGCCCAAGGGUAUCCCUCAAUCCAACACCUACCAACUCGUCCCAAACGGCAACACCCCGAACGCCUCUUCAGCAUCCCUCCCCCAAAGCCCUGCCAACACCCAACCCAACCCCAACCCAAUACAGCAAGAAGGCCACACCCGAACAAUGACAAUGAACUCCGCCGAUGCCCCAGAAGUAGUCCCAUCAACCCCAUCCCCACCACCAAAAGUGCGCCGCUCGCAAACAGCCAACUCCAUGCCCACAGCCCGCUCAAUCCACCACCCACACCAUCCAAACUUCAUCCCACGUCCCCCGCAACCACAAGCACGAGCAUACUCCCAGUCCCGGCGCCACGCCCCUCCAAAAAUGCACCCCCAACAACCCAUCAUCCACAACCCCGUCCGCAGCUCCUCCUACCACUUCGACCCAAACCACGUCCCCCGUCACUCGCAGAGCCAGUACAACCCCCACCCAAACACCCACGGCAGCAGCCAAUACGGACACUACUCAUCCCGCCGGGCAAAACAGCGCCGCUACGGCUCAGUCCGAUCCAUGCCAGCGCCGAUCCUGCGUCGACACGACGUCGAAGUAAUCUACCCCAGCACGCGGCGUCCGCGCAGUAGUACCCCUGCCGGCGCGAAUGGCCCGCUCAGCUGUAUCUUGGAGACGACGGACCCACGUGCGGUGGAUGGUCCGAGACCUGUAUCUGUCACUUACUCGGAGUUGCCGUCGAAUUCUAUUGAUGAGACGAAAUAUCGUGGGGCGAAUCGUACGAGUUUGAGCUUUUAUUGA